UAUUUCGAGAGCUUGGGCCCCAUGACAGCUUUAUUCGGCACUGAUACCAGACGACGUAUGUAUGUACAUGCGAACUGCGAGGCCAUUGCAAUUUAUCUGUCCCUCCGUAUGCGCAAAAGCGGAGCAACAGCAGCCGUGUUGCUAUUGUGUUGGGAAAAUGGUGAAAGACGAUAAUUCUACGUAUAAAUUGUGUCGUCGAUGUUCCAAUAUUUAUGUGUAAAUAAUAUUAGUUGUCAUAUAAUCGUUAGGAUAAGUACUCUGCGAACUUGAGUGGGUGCAUCAGUAUUGUCGAUCGGAACAAUGUGAAUUAAAUACGCAUAGAUGUGUUUUUUCUUCUUCUUAUUUUCAUUAAACAAAACUGAAAACUGACCAAAUGGUGAAAGAUUUAAUUGUUCUUGCAACUGACGCAACUCAAUGAACACUGUCAACGGAUAAAACUGGUCGGGAAAUAUCGAAUUGAUUUGCCUCUACGAACCGGAGAUUUUAGUUUCAGAGGAACAAUCGCCAAGUGACAACCUCUUGUUUUUGUGGUUAGGAUAUGCAUUGUUUCGAGCGAUCGAUAACGGAGCAGUGACGAUUCAAGUUGACUCGUUGGUAUCGCAUUCUGCAGGGGUAAACGUAUGAUUACCCGAACGUGUCAUGUUACGGCAAACGUUUUCAAGGUUAAUUAGACUUUUGUUACAAAGUGGCGAGUGAGGUAAAAGUGUAGCAAUAACGGCAUACGAAUAAAACGGCGUUUACGCGUUCUUAAUUUCGACCAAUCGACGACGGUCGUCUUGUGUGUUUCGAUUUUUUUUUUUUCUAGCGGACGAUACCAUUUUCGUGCUCGAAUAGGCCUUGGGUUUUCACAUGGGUAAACGGGGUGGUUCGAAAUUCCCGUUGACAAGGGGAGAAAUCCGAGAAAAGCACUCGUUCCCUCCCCUCGGUUGAAUUUCAAGCUGAACAUCGUGCGGGAGCUGGGUUUUCGAUUAAUCGAUGCUCGCCGUCUCGAUAUGUCUACCUCGAGCGAUUAAACUAGCCCACAACGUCCAGCAUGUCGGGCGAGGGACCCCCAGAGCCUCGAUAUAAUGCCGUAUUUCCAUGUAAUUCGAUUGAUUUGUAAAUAAAAUUUGUGUUGUGGCUCCGGUUUCGUGCGCUGGACGUAUUAGCCGACCUAAAUGGUGACGGUAUACCGUGAAUUAUCGGCCUUGCGGCCCUAAAACACCUCGGAGAUAUGAGGCAAUGAACACAGAAGAUAUAUCUCUGUCAAGCUCCAGCAAGAUGGCCCCAUGGCCGGAGCAUCAUCAAGAACCUGUAGCCCCCGAUAAAACCGAUGAAAACCGCGUAGGGACAGCCGACACGAGCACAGAGGCUCCCACGAUAAAUGAAGCUAAUACCGUCGUGACUGUGACCACCGAAACUAGUGAAAUAAGUUCUAAUUCGACGGCCCAAAGUGUGCCUGGUAAUUCAGGCUUGGAAAACAAGCAGGAGGAACCCGCAACUUUAUCUACCCUCAACGAAGGUGAACUGCGAGCUUUAUUGGAUGAAGCUAUAACUUACAAGUGUCCUAAAGAUCGUGAAGGAAAAUCCAACCUAUUCAAGGAACUUCUUCAAGAGGCAGAAGCCGAUGAAACAGAAGAAGGUCGUCGAGUGGUAACCAAUUCCCGCUGCCUCCCUGGUUCUAACCGACGAAGAAACAAACGUGAUUCAGUGUCUGAGCGCCUUACCCACGGAGGGUCAUUACAAAAUUUGGCCCAGCCAAUCAGCUCUGAAUUUGACAGUAGUUUCACGUAUUUAACUUCCGGUUGCAGCCACAUAUACGGUGGGGGUAGAAGAAAGGGUAAAAAACAUACAGGUCCUAGUGUUUCCGCAAGGCAAAGAGAAGGUGGAUCCCUACCGUCAAAUGUCAAUGCAUCCCAUAGUUUAGCUUCGCUAGCUAAUUUGGAUAUACUUUUCGACAAAAAGGGUUUCUCAGACAAGAGGGCAGCGUACGAUUGGGCCAAUAAAGACAAAUCCAAAUCUCUGGACAAACCGUCAUACAGCGGUUUGAAACGAGAAGAAAAAGAUAAAGAAAAAAAAGAAAACAAGCGGGAAAUCGACAUUGGACAGGCUGCUGACGGAGACAGAGAGUUAAAAGAUAGUAAGAGAGGAGGCAGAGGGAAGCAAAUUACAAAUGAAAUGGUCGAAUCGGAUCCUCCACCUCCAGAACCCAAACCAGACUACAUGGUGAUUGAUCUCAGUGAUGUCGAGGUAGGUGGAAUUGGAGAGCAUAAUGCGGCAGGGGCAGGGGGUGGCACACAGCGCCCUCAUGCUAUCGAAGCGGAAGAUGACGAGGGAACAGAAAUGAAAGUUAUCGAACCACGUUUACCGGUGCAAUUUAUUACUCAUGCCACAUUUGACAUUGCACAGACACCAGUUGACAGUAGUAUAGAAUUUCCAAUACGUGAACACAAUGGCAAACAAGAAAAGUCAAAAGUAACUGUCAAUGGCACGGAGGCAACGAGUACUCGACAAUUUCAAACAUACAAUACUGUGAAAUGUAUUGUUGGCGGUACUUCGGGUGGCACUAAUUCUCAGCAGGGCAAAGUUCCAGUGUCCAAUGUUUACUCUAUGAUGCCUGUUAAUUGGUCAACGACAAAUCCAAACCUUGCCAUGGAAACAGUGUCCAGGCUUGCGACUCAUCACAUUCCAGUGAAGGAAUCAUCCGGCUCUGGUGAAAAGAAGUCCUUGGAUGAAAAUGGGAACGCAGUACAGGGAUAUGGCAACGAACGCAAAAAGUCACGCAGAAAGCAUGCACAGGAACCGAAUAUAUAUAAAGUAUAUAAAGCAGAAACCAUAGAGGGUCACCGCAACAUGGAUAUUGAUAGCUUGAUUAAUUUUAUCGAAAGCAAAGAGUCAAAGGGCAAGAAAGGUAAAAUGACCAAUACAGUUAGAGUUAAAGCAAGUUCAGGAGCUAAACCACGACCCAGAGAAAAAGAUGCAAAAAGAGAGCAGUUGCCAGCCAAGCUACAAAAAUCUAACUCACUAGAGGAAAUAUCUAAAACCAAGCUGGAAGAUCUCACCGCAGAAAAGAGUAUAAGUUCCAGUGGUGCUAGCAGUAUUUCAAGUCAACAUGGUACUACAAACGUGGCUCUCCGUCGCGCCAAGCAGCGCAGUAUUGGGGAUACACCGGUCGAUUGUCGUGGUGAUCGACGAUCUUGGGGUACGGAAGAAGGGCAAUCUAUAUAUUGCAAUGAUACUGGUGACGAUUAUACAACUCGCCGAAACUCAAUAAAGAAGAUCAACCCAGAACCAGAACCUGAACCAGAUUUUUUGGUGGUAACAAAAAAGAAAAAAAGCAAGAAGCAGAGACGAAGAAGUUCCAGUGGUGGUCGAGCACAAAAUUUGUCUACCACGGGAUCAUAUUUACAAAGAUCUAGAGGAUUCAACAACGAGUAUAGAACGCCAUUAUCUCCAGAACUUAGGAGAAAAUCUGCCAGCAGUAUGCCACCUAGUGACAAAUCAGAUAGCAGUGACCUGGACUCCGUUCAUUCUCUCCCUGUAACUUCGAAUACAACUAAGCAUAAUCUUACUAAAAAUACUACCUCCUCCGGUGGCACCCCUCAGGCUAGCUACGCUGAUAUUGCGCGCACGGCCACAAUAAACAUUUCUACCAGCUCUGUCCUAAAAAUGACAGAGAUCGGACCAAUGAUGUUGAAUGCUGCUUGCUGGCCUAGCGUUCCUUCCAAGACGCCGUCCGAAUCAGAUAAAAUACCUCAAGACUAUUAUCCAAGUUUGGACGAAUUGCAGCACUCCGACAGAAAAAUAAAGCAGCAUAAUUUUGCACACUCGAACCAUGUACAUAGUUUAAGUUUAAGUUUCGAUAAACCGCCAUCGCCUGUAUUAUCAAAAGUGAAGUCUUCGCCGGAUAAUAAAAAGGCUGAAGCCCACGAGGAAGCAAUUAAUAAAAACAUUCAAGUAUUCAAGUAUGUUCGGGAUAUUGAAAAAAUGCAUCAACGAUUAGCCCAGGAAACCAAAAUCAUGAACUUGAAUAAUUCUAACCCAAAUUCAACUGAGACUACAACGCAAACGAAUCAGACCCCACCAAAAUCAAACAAUUCUAUUAGUAAUUACUAUUCUCCGGAAACAGACAACUUUACUUCUCCAGAAAACACAAAUCUAAAGGAUGCAAAUUUCAAUGCAAGAAUUAAUAUCCCGAGACCAAGAAGGGCAUAUCAACAAAAUAUUCAAAACUCCUCCAGUCAGUCACAAAUAGAGAAUUCUAAAGAGUUGAAAAAAUCUGUUACCCAGCAACAGGAAGAAUCAAACCGGAAAUCAGGAAACGGACAAAGUCAAACGCACUCUGAAGAGAAGGAGUCGAAACGACCAGGAAAUCCUCAGAAUAUAAUUAGUGGUCAACAACAAGAUUCUGACGCUUCAAAGUUGAAAUCGCAAAAUAAUCCUAAAAUACCAACACAGAAUAUGUUGGAUGGUGAAACGACGAAAAGUGCUACCGAAUCGGAAAAAAAUUCAAAAUUGUCGAAAGAACAGCAAACUAAUUUGAAACAUGAUUCUCUAAAAGUGGGAAGUAUUCAAAAUCAGAAUGUGAAAACAGACCAUCGUGAAGAUAAUGGGGUGAAAAAGACUAAACAGUUAACAAAGAGUAACAAAGAACAAUCCCAAAAAUCUACGGAGAGUCAAUCAUCGAAUAAAAAGAAUUCAUCGUCAAGACCAGCUGUGAUACUGUUAGAUGAAGCUACCUCUGACUUAUUAAGGAAUAGUGAAUCCCCUAGCGAAUUGAUUUUUGGGUUUGAAAUAAACGAACAACUUUUACUGUCCGAUGAUUCUGACGAAACGCCGGAAGCUAGUUCGGUAUUUUCAACGGCAACUCCUCCACUAUUUGAUAAACCACCCCCAAAUUUUGACAGACCCCCGCCGAUGUUCGACAAACAUUUACGAUAUGACAAACCGCCACCAAACUUUCAAAUGCAUCCUGCACAUGCUCAACUUCAUCAUCAUCCUAUGCAUCACGUGAUGGUACCACAACUGCCAUACUUGAGUUAUGGUCCCCCGAGGUUUAUUCCUCCACCUACGUAUUUACCUCCUCCACCACCUCCAGGUAUAAUGGAAAAGUAUCACCAGCAGCCAAUGGAAGAUUUUUCAGCACGAUACGUUGCACCAGAAGAAUCUGUAAACGUCCAAAACUACAAUCAUGACAAAAUUGUUACAUUUGUUGGAUCGGCAUGGGAAGAUGUAAUGCGAGAAAUGCCUGUAACUGCGUCAACUGGUCGAGUACAGUACUACAGUGGACAGUGAGAUAAAUAGCGAUGAAGAGAAAUCAAUAUUUUUUUGAAAUAUGGUAAUCCUUGGUGGUACAACAAGCUGUAUGAGGCAGAAAACAAAAAAAUAUGGUUAACACUGCCGAUUGCCAAUGCAAGUUCCACUUCCUAAACAUAAAGUACUGUGAAUGAAUGAAACAUAUUAUUGUACUUGUACAGCUUAACAUAACUUAAAAACUUAUAUAAUAUGCUUUGCCGCUGAAGUGAGGUUAAUGGACAAUUAAAUACUGAUUUAAGUAAAAAAUCAGUAAAGCCGGGAGGCGCAAUUUGUGCCUAAGGAGAUAGUCAAAAGUGUAUAUAGUCGUUUAAACUUAAAAAUUAAAAAACAAAUGGGAAAUGAAAAUCGAAAACACAAGAAAAAACAAACUUUUCAGAUGUCUGUCGCACUACUGCGCAUAUAGAUUACGGUAGCAGUAGUAAUUUUAUAACGACACAGAGCAGCAGUUACAUAAAGAAAAUGAUACUGUUGAAUCCGUGUCGCAGAAAACGAAACAGUGAAAAUUCCAAAAAGACCGUUAUAAAGUAAAGUAACAAUACUUUGAAAUUAGACUGGCGUGUAUAUAGUUUGAAAAUUAUUCGAAAUUUUUUCAAUAAUAAGGAAGAAAUUUUUUUUUUUAAAUUGAACAUGGUAAACUUAAUCUACUCUAUGUUUCGAACUAAAAACGAAUGGAAAUACAGCGACCCAAUAAGACUUUGAUAUUGUAUUGUUAAAUUCACAACAUUGUAUUGUAUUGAAAAAUAUGUCGUUGAAUAAUAAUGAGGCAAUAUGGAUUCUUAAAAGUUUAAGAUACUUCUUAAAAAAAAAAAAAAAAAAAAAACUAAUGCGUUUAUGUGUGAAAUGAAAGUGAGAUCCCAGUCGAUGACACUUAAAUAUUGUGAAACUAAUGAAAACGUGAAAAUCACCCUAAUCACAUUCUCUAUUACUCGGGUACAUUCGGGUGACACAAUGUGGACAACAAACAAUUGUUACAAUAAAAUAAGGCAGUGCGAUGUUGAUGCUUCAUUAAAACAAAGUGUUUGCAAUACGAGUAACGCUUUGAUACACGAUUAAUCAGAACUCAAAACACGAAUGAUACUACAGUGUGAUAGAAAAUACAGCCGCCAUAUAUUCGCUGGUUCCCGAAGAAACACGAGAACAAUGUAUGGAUAACGUGUGCCAGGCAGAAUUUGUAUAAAUUAUUAAUUAAAGUAAUAAUAAUUAGUGUGAUAAACCUCAUGGGAUUAAAGGAGUGGUAGAGAGCUUGUGAGUCGUGUGAAAGAAAAAUUUGCUGACAACCAACAGUUUCUUCCAUUGGAGAAAAUGACGAAUAAUAAUAAUAAUGAUAAGCAAGUUGUUUUUGGACAUAUAAAAUAAAGUUAGAUGAGGGUAAUGUUAAACCAAGUGUUAAAGAGCGCUAAAUUUUUACACAGACCCGCUUAUUUAAUAAAUAUUAAAUAACUAAUUAUUGGUUAUUGGUAAAAGAAAAAACAAAAAAAAAAUCAUAAAUAAUAAUUGAUUUAAAAGUACUUGCUUGUGAUGUGUGAAA